AUGGAGGUUAACGCUACCACCAACCAGUCACAACUACCGCCGCUAGAACUUGUGGACAAAUGUAUAAGAUCAAGGAUUCGUAUUGUGAUGAAGAUGGCUAAAGAAUUUAUUGGCACACUUCUAUGUUUUGAUGACUUUGUCAAUAUGGUCUUGGAAGAUGUCACUGAGUUGGAAAUCAUGCCAGGAGGAAAAAGAAUUACUAAAUUAGAGCAGAUACUGUUCAAUGGAAAUAAUAUAACAGUGCUGGUUCCUGGAGGGGAAGGACCUGAAGUAUGA